AUAUACGUACUACGUAGGUAUGUACCUAUGAAGCAGCAACAGUUUGAACAAUUUGUAAAAAGAACGAGUAAUUACCACGAGGACUGGUGGAAUGCGGCGUAUUCAACCAUAAAAUACCCCAGCUUAACCUGCAUUUAAAAAAACAUAGACAAAUGGUACAGUAAUGGUUUUGAUCGAGCUACGAAUACAAUACACGCGAUAUUCCUCAUCCUCAUCAUACUCUCGUGCGCUACAAUCGCUCAUAUACGAGUUGCCAGUCGCUGGAUCGGAUAUGGAACAAUGGAAAAUAUAUUGUUCGCUAUUCUCCGUAUACAGCCAACGAACCAACGAACCAACGAACCAUCCAACCAGUCGUCAUUGGCGAAAAUAAAAAAUUAAUAAAUUUAAACGAUAAAGCAGCGCAACGUCGGUCGCCAACAUUUGUCCAUUUUAUAUGUUAAACAAUUCGCACUCGCAGAAGGGUUAAUUAACGAAACAAACUGCUUUUUAAUUGUCCGAAAAGUCAAUUAUACAAAACCACGUGGUGGUACGAAUAAUGCGAGAAACAAUGCAUCUUCAGCAUCCUAGCCACACAUACCAGCUGAUUGUUGGUAGGACAGAGCAUGCGCCUCGGCGAUUCCACUAUGUGUGUACCCGCGGUGAUUGUGUCGGCUUUUAUAAUGCCGAUAUGUGAUAGUAACUGAUUAUCCAUGCUUCGGUAUGUUCAAAUAUCCCAUACAGUUACUUAUACUAUUAUUUCGCGAUCAGCAUAUGUCGACGAGCCGGUUAAAUUGUACAGUAUUUUUCGAUAUUUAAUCAUCCGAUAGAUAUUUUUUUGUCGUUAAUUUUUUUCUUCAAUUUUUAGUGAUUCGUGGUCAUCGUCGUCGGUAUAUGGGAAAAUUUUUCUGUGAUAUUUUGCGAUAUCUUGUAUACUUGCCGCGAACGUCUCUCAAUACGCGUGUUAAUUAUACCUAUUAGAAAAAUAUUAAUCAUCGUCUGGUUCGAGUAUAGAUACAUGGUCAAUUCAACUCUUCAGUAUAUCAGUACCUAUUUAUGUAGUACAUAUACCUAAUGUACUCGUAUUUUCGAUAAUCGCGACUGAAUUUUUGUAAUUCCGUUCGCGAGGUGCGGAAAUGUUCUAUACCCACGACCGGAAACAUCGAAUACGAGAUUCGCGGUGUUAUUAUAAUUGAUUGGUUCAUUAUUGGAACGUGUACACCUAUACAGCUGUAUCCAUCCCAAGUGUAGGAACCUACUUGAAAUCGAACUCAUAAUUAUGUAAAAACGUAAUCGACUUGCGAUAAUGAUUACGUUGCAUUUUUGGACAUUCCGAUACCCCGUUACGUACAAACAUCGGGGCAAGAAGAAACCUGAUUCCUUUGUAAGUUGAAGGAAUUAUAGAAGAAAAAAUCAGGUUGAAUGCAUUAUUAAAAAGGCAUGAAGAAAAAAUUCUGGGGGUUCCAAAGCUAUUGGAAAUGGUACGGAUUAGCAAUGACAUUAUUAGUGACAAUUAUUAACGCCGAUAAUUACGCGCAUCAUUUUCGUAAUCAUCACAACAAUCAACGUAGCAAGAAAUCGUCGCGUAGUAGCGAUACGGAUAUUAGUCAGUCGGUAUCAGCUAAUAUAUCCAUGGACGAUUAUACUAUUGGAUCUCAAUUAGAAAGAGUACCUCCGAUUCCGAAUACUACCGAGUACCACUUCGAAAGAACCACCGAAAAGUAUUAUAGAGGCAGCAAAUGUCCCAAUUUAAGGAGAUAUCAUCAUCGUAGGCAUAAUCCGAAUCAAUAUGAUCAUAAUCACCAUCAUCAACGAAGUAAUAAGAAAAGAAAAAGUCGCGAUAAAAGGCACGAUGUCAAUUUAGAUAGCCAAAGAAUAGAAAUCAUCAAGCAACAAAUAUUAACUAAAUUAGGUUUAUCGAGUACGCCAAACGUUACGGCGGCUCGCUCAACUAAAUUUUUAUUAGAUGCCUUAUCGUUAGAACCAAGUCCUUUACUGAUGGAUGAAGGUAGUACGGCUGUCAGUAGGACGACUACGACGCUGGAUUCUGAACCCGAUGAUUUCUACGGUCGAACGUCCGAAAUUAUUGGAUUCGCCGAACCAGGUUACACGUUAAAUGGUCAAAAGUUACUAGAAUUUUCGUGGUCGCAAGAUAUGGCCGCUGCUGAUCUUAAUGUUAAAUCCGCCAUGUUAUGGGUUCGGUUGGAACUGAAACCAGAUUCACCACACAGUAUUAAACGAUUACCGCCGAAUUUAAAUUUUACAUUUUGGGUCUUUCAAGUUAUAGCUAGUGGAUUAAGAAAUGCCACGUAUUUAAGUGGUAAGGAAUUUGAAGAACAUUCAAAACUUUCAGCUUCCUUACCAGUAACAAUAUCUAGUCUAGGUUGGAAAACAUUCGACAUCACGAAUACAGUUCGCGAAUGGUACGCAUCACCUCAAAAAGACCGAUUGCGACUACUGAUAGAUUGCACAGGGUGCAGCGAUUACAUAACACCAGUUCUGUUUGACGAUCCGAGACAGGCGAACGAAUGGGAAAAGCCAUUCCUGAUGAUACAUCCAGAUCCAACGGUGACCAGAAGAGUACGCCGUAGAGCGAUCGAUUGCUCUUUAGCAAAACGCGACCAAUGCUGCAAGCAGCAGUUCUAUAUCAGAUUUCGUGAUAUCGGAUGGCACACGUGGAUCAUCGCACCCAGUGGCUACUAUGCCAAUUAUUGUCGUGGCGACUGCGGCGGAUUCCACCGGACGCCGGAUACGUUCUUAAAUCCGCACUCAUUCGCCAUGGAAGACUACAAGAAAAUCAAUCAGUAUUCGUUAUUUGAACCGUGCUGUGCUCCAGUGAAAUUUAAAUCAAUUUCAUUGAUCUAUAUAACCCCCGAUAAUAAUAUAAUCAAACGAGAUUUACCGAAAAUGGUCGUAGACGAAUGCGGAUGUCCAUAAACACAGCCUUUGCAGUCUCGCCACUGAACUGGUUUCUGUUUAUAAAUCGGAUCGCGCAAUGCGCCGAUUUGGUCGAAUUACUGAGUCAGCCACGCUGCUCGGCUCCUCCAAAUGAAUUUUCAACUGCAUUGUGAGAGCAGUUUGGUUUGGUGACCUCGACUGAAGUCUGAAAUAUCGGUAUAUUAUACAGCGAGAUGUUAGCUACGCAAUAUUGUUGUAUUUGUGAUAUUUAUUGAGGUAAUUCUGUUUUUCAAAAAAUUUCAUUUUGGAAAUUUCUCUCGUACCUAUUUACUUUUUUUUUUUUUCUUGAAAUACGACGAGGAUGACAACCACAGUGCAAAUUAUCGUGUGUGUAUUUUUUCCCCCUUCAUUUUGUGAGAAUUGUGCAUGGAAAAUGAUCGGUUUAUAGUAUGUGUGCUUGCCCUUUCUUGUACCGUUUUACUAUUUGUUGAAGGUUUUUUGAAUUUUACAUUUGCAUUUAUGACUGUUCGGUAUGUGGUAAAAAUAAUACAUGUUCCAAGGACUAUGCUGCGUUUAUGAUAAUCGUGUGAACUGAAAUUUUUUUCACGGCCUUUUCAUUGCCGCUCUUAAACCCAUUUUCAUCUGCAACCAGAAAAUUUACUCGUAAUUUACUGCAUUCUCUUCUUGAAAAGUAAUCCCAUUAAAACGCAUUUAUACCCAUAACGAAAUUGAAAAUUUUCCCUUUCUUCGUCAUUGUUGUAAAUUUAUCCGCUUGAAGAGUAAUGUGAAAUUGCACCGAUAGAUAUUUACUCGAAAGUAAAGCGCAGAUGAAUUAUUGUGGUACGAUUUUUUAUACCAAACCAAUCUACUGUAAUUCGCCAUUCCCAUUCGUGAUAACACGUGCUAAACAAUUAUGUAAUUUAAUCUCACGUUAUUGCUAUUUUUGUAUAUGAAUCAUUUCUCAUCCCACAUUCCAUAUUAUUACCUACACACCAAAUCCUAUAUUCCAUUACUCCAAGUAAUUUUUUGUUUGUUUUCAAAUUCAUUAGUUAAUAAUAUUGAUUGUGAACGACCUAAGAGUAGUAGCAGUUAAUAGGUACCAAUACCUGCUCAUACAGGGUGUGCAAAAAUAUCACGAAUCCCAAAGAAAGUUUUUCAUUAAAGUAUAGGUUGGCAACGUGAAAUAGAUGCAUUGAUUGGUGGAAUGUAUAACACUUCAGUCCAACAACCAAUCAUGUGCUAAGCAUCAUUAUCAUCAUUCGCUGUGACUAACUGAAAUAUUUAGCAGAAAACUUUUUUAGGGGUUCGCAAUAUUUCUGCGCACCCUGUAUCUUUUUCAAAGCAUCGCUUUCACGGCUGGUAUUCGUGAAAAUUGAUAAAUAAAUGAAAAAACAGCUCGAUAUCAGUGUAUAUGUAGUAAAAAUUUGUAUUUUUUUAUAGCUUUAGCAGCAAACUCGUUAUCCAUUAAGAUAAAUGCCACUUGUGCUUCAUACCUAUACCUACCCACCUACCCAUCAACCCAUCUGCAUCUUAUCCCAAUGGAUUUUUUUUAACCAACAAAAAAGUAUCAGAAUCAUACGUAGCUGUAUUAUAAAAAUAUGUAAAAGAAAUAUCAAACGUAUCGAUUAAUAAUGUAAAUCAUCUGAAAUUGUAAAAAUUCAUUUAGAAAGCAAUAGUUGUAAUUUUUUUCUAGAUUAUUUUUUAUUUACUUUCCUACGUGGAAAACCGUGUUGCUCUACGUUUUAACGUUACCAAAUAUUUUUUUAUACGGUAAACUAGGAACGCUUUUGAAUUCUUACGAAUUUGUUAUUGUACAUUGAUUUUUUUCUUUUAUUUAUUUAUUUUUUUUUUCAUCUGACAUAUUCCCCGUUGGUCAGUAAAGUAAAUUUUGUAUUUAAUUUACGGGUACGUGUAUUAUAUCGAAAUUAUACAUUCCGAUCAUUCAUACAUAAGUGGAUAAUACGUCACACAAUAUGUUAUUUAUUAAUAGCGAUUUUUUUUGUAACUGUGCGAUUUAGAAUUAAUUAACUAAAAUUUCAGUGUGUUUCAUGACGUGAAUUUAUUGUUAUAAAUACAGAAAAAUCAUGUUGAAAAAGUUGCGUUUUUUAUUUUGAAUGCCUUCGAUGGGUGGUGUUGAUUGGAUUAGGAUUCAGCGAGAGAGUGGCAUAAUUUUUUUAGAGUAAAUGACAACAUGACGUGGAUAUUUUAAAGGAUUAGCGUUUAGAUAGUUAAGGAUAUUUGAAAAUUGAAAUUUAGAGCUUCAUGAGUAAAAUUGAAAAGUUUUGGUUUUUCCACUCUAUCCUCCACACAGCUUGUUCGGGGGAAAUGGCCCAGUUCCAAAACACAGAAUUUGAGAUUCCGUGUCAACCAAGGCUAUUUCCAUGAAAAUUCAGACCAGCUUUAGGGUUUUAGUGAGCA